AUGCGCCCUCCACCCCACCAUAACCCCCCCUCCUGGGUCCUUUGUCCAAACAGAGAGCGAUAUAAUGGCCCUUUGAGAGAAGGACAGAGGAGAAGGAAAGAGCGCAGAGGGACAAGUUGGAGGAGGGGAGGAGAUGACGGCUGCGUGGCGGUGUCUACAGCCGGGAUAGAGGGACACUCCCGGCCCCGGAGCGAGCGAGCGAGCCGGCUGGGAAGGAGUGGGGUGGGGGGGGGGGUGCAUAGGAUGGAAGGGGAGCGGAGGGGGGCCUUAGGAGAGAAAGACACCAAGGCGAGAAGAGAAAAGUCUCAAUGA